GCCAAAAAAAGGCUUUAGCUUUGUGUCAAAUGAUAGUGGGACUGUUGGGAGUAUUCUCUCUCCAUUUCCUUUCUUGAAAGCUCAAAAGGUUGGACAUGGAAAUCUGAAACUUCGCAGUCUCUUCAUUCUCUGGUUUCUCUCCAUUUUUUGAAUUCUGGGUUUCACUUUUUCUUCUGGACAGGUUUGCCUUCUUCAGCUCUUUCUUUAUUCUGGGCAUGGAAGUAUACCAAUUUUGAGAUAAUUGUGGCUUAGGGUUUUCAGUUUUGUCAAUGGAAAAUUACAAUUUUCUCCAUUUUCUGCUCUUACUUUCAUGGGUUUUCCUAAUUUCUGUACCUUGCCAUGGAUUUAUGAUUAAGCAUAUGUUAAUGGAGUCAGAAACCCCACCACCUGUUUCUUCUCCUGCUUUGAAAAUUGAAGUUGAAAGGGUUGCAUUUAGCAUUUUCUCUGGAAUUAUUAGUGGUUCUAUUGCUGCUAUUCUUGUUGCUGUUAUGAUCAGAUGCUUUGUUCAGUAUAUUAAUAGAGCUCCUAUUCUCAAAGGCCCUGUUGUAUUUUCCCCGAAAAUCGACCCGAAAACACUUCGUUUAGCUCUAGAAAAUGAAAAUCAGCUUAUAGGAUCUAGUCCAAAUGGGACUUACUAUAGAACUUCUCUUGAUAAUGGUCUGAAUAUCGCGGUCAAGAGCCUCGAGCCCUUUGAAAUUGGGUCCCCGGAAACUCACAAUAAGGGCUUAAAGAGAAAAUUACAGCAGGAACUUCAGGUUCUUGCUGGGUUAAGACAUAGGCAUUUGAUGAGUUUGAGGGCUUACGUUCGUGAAUUGGAUCGUUUCAGCUUAGUUUAUGAUUAUAUGCCCACAGGAAGCCUUGAAGAUGCUAUGAGUAAAGUUCGUCUCAAUCAUUUGCAAAUGGGUUGGGAUGUUAGGCUUCGAAUUGCUGUGGGUACUAUAAAGGCACUCAAGUUCCUGCAUUUUGAAUGCAAUCCUAGUGUGUUGCAUUAUAAUCUCAAGCCUAGUAAUGUGAUGUUGGAUGCAGAGUUUGAACCCAAGCUCGCAGAUUGUGGUCUAGCUAAUCUUAUGCCCAAGUUGUAUCGAUCACCAAAUGCAUAUAGAGCUCCUGAGUUAUCUCAAAACUGCAGAUAUACAGAUAAGAGUGAUGUCUUUAGCUUUGGAGUCAUUCUUGGGGUACUUCUGACUGGUCGAGACCCCUUAGAACCAUUUUUUGGGGAAUCAGCUAGUGGGGAAUGUUUGAACAGGUGGCUGCGGCAAUUGCAGCAAGCUGGAGAAGCUCAGCAAGCUUUGGAUAAAAGCAUACUUGGGCAAGAGGCUGAGGAAGAAGAGAUGCUUAUGGCAGUGAGAAUUGCAGUUGUCUGCAUGUCAGAUCUCCCUGAAGACCGUCCUUCCAGUGAUGAACUUGUCCCAAUGCUUUCUCGUCUUCACAGUUUUUGAUGGUGAUGUACUGGUGUGAAUGGCCUAUUGGGACCUGUUAGUCAUGUGCAGGUUUGAGGGCUUCAUUGAUGGAGUAUCUCUCUUCAUUGUCCUCGCUGUGGGAAAAACCAGCAAAUACUUGAGGCUCUCACACUGAUUCAUUGUAUAUGUAUUGGAAAGAAGCAAAGUGGAUUGUUCAUGAAAAUCUUAGACGAGGUGUGCUAGGUUUCUAGGAUGCAGCGGGCAAUGAGAUAUACUUUAAAGAGAAAAUUUGUAAUUGGUUGUGAGCACCAGAUCACCCUCUUUAGAUUGUGAACUAAGUUUCCUUGUAAUUUCGCUCACUUGGAUGAAAGAAUUAUCUUGCAGAGGACGAGAGGUGCAAUGUAAAUUUCACUUGUAUUAAUGUUAUGCUGGAGGCUCUUGGGGUGUACUAUACUGCUGGAAAUGCCUAUUUUUAGGAAGCAGUAGACUUGGAAGGUCAGUUACCUUGUUUCCAUUUGUCUAAAUCACCCCACUGUCCCACAUGUUUUAGAGUAGCAAUGAGCUUUCACUCUUAGUGUUACAUGCCUCUAUAAUACAAGAAAUACUGUCCAGAAAUAAUGAGAUUGUUGAAUGAACAAGGAAGUAAACAUGUUUUCUUAA